AUGGCAGGAGACGAUGCAGGAAAAACCAAGAAGAUUGAUGUAUUUUUUCUGGGUUCAAAUGAUAACCCAGGAAACAUAAUCACACCAGUCCAAUUACGCGGAGAUAAUUAUGAUGAAUGGGCGAGAGCUAUACGAACUGCGUUGAAGGAAAAGCGUAAGUUUGAGUUUUUGGAAGGGAUUGUCCCAAAACCUACAGAAGAGGAGAAAUUAGAAGAUUGGAACACAGUGCACUCUAUGUUGGUAGCUUGGCUAUUAAACACUGUCGAACCAACUCUACGUUCGACUUUAUCUUAUUAUGAAGAUGCAAGUGAAUUAUGGAAGGUUUUGAAGGAGAGAUAUUGUGUGGUGAAUGGGACUCGGAUUUGUCAACUCAAAUCUUCAUUGGCUGACUGUAAGCAAGGGAAAAAAGAGUCUGUGGCAAUGUAUUUUGCUCGCUUAAGCAAAAUAUGGGAUGACUUAACUACCUAUGUGGUUGUUCCGGCAUGCACGUGUGGAGGUUGUAGCAACUGCACGUGUGGCCUUGGUGCUCAAUACACACAAAUGGUGGAAGAAGACCGAUUGCAUUGGUUUUUAAUUGGACUUGAUGGUGCAUAUGGGUCUGCAAGGUCAAAUCUUUUGUCUCAAGAACCACUUCCAUCAUUAAAUCGUGCUUAUCAAAGCUUGAUUCAAGAAGAAAGGUUGCGUGGUGGAAGCUCGACAUUAGAAAAAGAUGAUCGUGACAACAUUAUGACUUUUAAGGUUCAAUCCGAUACACGAGGUAAAUCUAAGCAUGUUGAUAAUUCUGACAAGUUUUGUACCCAUUGCAACCGUGUAGGUCACGACAUGGGUACAUAUUUCCAAAUUCAUGGCUUCCCGGAAUGGUGGGGAGAUAGACCUAAAGGUGUGAGGGGGUAUGGUCGCGGUGGACCAGCUUCUGGCCGUGGUGGGGGCCGAGGUGGAGCUUCUGCUGGAAGAGGACGUGGUGGAGGAACGGUUGGGAGUAAUGCAUGGAAGGGUGAGUCUUCUGUUCGUGCCAACAAAACUACAGCGGGUUCGGGGCAGAUGAGUACUUCACAGGCACAACCAAGCUCUCCGGAGACAACAGGCUUAGCGGGCAUAACCCCAGCUCAAUGGAAAAAUCUAUUGGACCUUCUCAACUUACCUAAGCCUCGUGAUCGUUUGAAUGGUGAGUGUUUGUGGAUUGUAGAUACAAGGGCAACUCACCAUGUAACCGGAACUUUCAAAAACUUGUUUGAUGUGAAGAAAAUAAGCAAUUGUCCAGUAGGACUUCCAGAUGGGCAUUCAACAGAAGCGACACAUACAGGCAGUGUUAUGUUACCCGGAAAUAUGAAACUUGAGAAUGUGUUAUUUGUGCCGAAAUUAAAUUGCAAUUUGAUUUCUGUAACACAACUAUUAGAUGCAGCUAAAUGUAACGUUCAAGUUAUUAAUACAUUAUGUGUCAUACAGGACCGCGAGACGAGGAUGUUGAUUGGAGUGGCUGAGCGAAAGGAUGGACUUUUCUUUUUUCGGGGUGUCCCUCAAGUGAAGGUUCUAGCAGUUGAUAGUGAUUCGUCAAUGGAGCUAUGGCAUAAGCGUUUAGGGCAUCCAUCGGAGAAAGUACUUCGGAAACUUCCAUAUGUGAGUCAAUUUAAUAGCAAGAAUAAAGAUGGGUUGAGAAUUAACCAAAAACUAGAAGAGAAAGAAGAGGUUGGCCGGCGGUGGACUGCGCGGCAGCAACACAACUGGUCGUGGAGGAUGGCGGCGCAAUGGUGGAGCAGGGUGGUGGCUGCACUGGGGCGUGCGUUGGUGGUGGGUAGCACUCGAAAUAAGAAAGGGGAGAGGAGGAGAGCCGGCUGGGCAAAGCAGCAAUCAACGGUGCAGCACACCGGUGGUGGUUGCCGUGGUGGUUGA